AUGGUUGGCGGAGGUGACGAUAGUGUUGGAGACACCCUCGAGGCACGGCUGGAGAACGCGAGGAGACGCCAUGAGGCGAAGGAGUUCGGCGACCUCCCCUGGGCGGUCGUCGAGGCUGGCAUCCGCGCCGGCGGCGUCGACGUGGGCGUCCACGCCGGUAGUGACCAGGUCGGCAGCAAUGCGGAAGGCACGUCGUCGAGGCAGCGCGGAUUGAUUCACUCCGGUGAAGUCGGCGGCGUUCAGGCGCGAGGGAUGCAGUCGUCGGCGGCUGCAGGCACCUUGCAGGAUCUCGGUCACCCCCCUGCUGGUUGGUCGCCUGACAUUCUCACAUGGAAGGAAGCCAUCGAGCCUGAGGUGGAGAUGGCCAGACUGAUGGACUUCGCCGCUGGCACCAUGGCGACGCCGUCGAUGGACUACCCCGACCCUCGUGCGGAGUUUCGCGUUGUGCAGCUGCUGACCUUCACGGUCAUUUUGCGCUACAACCUCCCGAAGCGGUUGUCGGUGGCGCCGAGCACGCGGGCGACACUCAACGAGGACACUCUUACCUCGCACCAGGAUGAGGCGAUGCAAGAAGCUGAACUGCCCUCGGAGCUCCUGCCACUGGUGAACAACACCGUCCUGGUGAAGCAAGGUGGUCAAUCGGGACAGCGCAGGCAGUCUAGCGGCAGUGGAAGCAGUGGCGAUGACUCCGACGACGACGACGCCAAGGGAGGCCGCGGGAGGUCGGCCAGCCGUUGUCCGCGCCGAGGAGGAAACCAGCCGCACAAGGAGAAGCAGUCGACCAAGUCGUCGACCUCGGCGAAGGACGCCGACUCCUUUGCUGGCGGCAAGGGGCGAGACGACAAGGAGGCGUCGUGCUCGCUGGUCGGCGUCGUGGAGCCGACCGUCUCGCUGGCGCCGGAGGCCGGCGAGGACUUCCAGGCAGUAGCAGCAGCAGUGCAGGCGAACCCGGCGGUGGUCCUGCUCGACAGCGGCUGCUCGCACCAUCUAAUGGGGACGAAGAACGUCUUCGUCGACUUGGAUCGAAGCGGCGACGUGAAGCACGUACGUGGCUUCAAUAGGGCGCCGUAA